GUACGCCGCGCUUCCCCCCACACGCCGCUUCCGGUUGGAGAAGGCUCUCUCCGCCGGGAUGUUCCCGUGACCGGUGCCAGCCCGCCGCCUCUAUAACCCCCCGAGCAGUGUCUCCUGGCCCCCGGUGUGCAGCCUCGGAGCCCCGACCAUGUUGUGAGGAGGAGGAGCAGGGAGCUGGCGCCGUCUUCUGUCUCUCCGCUCAUUUAGCGAGGCCUGUGUGGAUUCCCCGGCUUUGUUUUUAUAGGGUCCUCCGCGCUCCCUUCCCGGUGACAGCGCCCUCCACCCCCGCCGCCCCGGAGACAUGGCCUCUUCUUCUGGGAACGAUGACGACCUCACCAUACCCCGGGCUGCCAUCAACAAGAUGAUCAAAGAGACUCUGCCCAGUGUACGGGUGGCCAAUGAUGCCCGGGAGCUGGUGGUCAACUGCUGCACCGAGUUCAUCCACCUCAUCUCCUCCGAGGCCAAUGAGAUCUGCAACAAGUCCGAGAAGAAGACCAUCUCCCCGGAGCAUGUCAUCCAGGCACUAGAAAGUUUGGGAUUUGGUUCCUAUAUCAGUGAAGUAAAAGAAGUCCUACAAGAGUGUAAAACGGUAGCAUUAAAAAGAAGAAAGGCCAGUUCUCGUCUAGAAAACCUUGGCAUUCCCGAAGAAGAACUUCUAAGGCAGCAGCAAGAAUUAUUUGCAAAAGCCAGACAGCAACAAGCAGAGUUAGCCCAACAGGAAUGGCUUCAAAUGCAGCAAGCUGCACAGCAGGCACAACUCGCAGCUGCUUCAGCCAGUGCAAGCAACCAGGCAGGCUCGUCACAGGAUGAGGAGGAAGAUGAUAUCUGA